AAGAAAAGAAAACCAGAAAAAACAACAACCCCACAGCAUAGACCAGUAGGCCUCACCCCUUUUUAUGACAGGAUCCAAUGCCUCCCCCUCUCUCUCUCUCUCUCUCAUUUUACUCCUCUUACCCUAGUCUCCUCUCUCUUCCAAAACAUUCAAUAUACUAGCAAAAGUCAGCGCCUGCUCCUUAUCUCGUUACCUCCAAAGCCAAGAACCCAUCUUCUCCGGUUGCUGCUGCUUCUGAGCCAAUGGAGGAGGAGCACUGCUUCAACAACUGGGAUCUGGACGCCGUCGUGCGCCUGGGCUGCCGCCGCCGCCUCUCCCCACCGCCGCAGGCCGACCCCUUCGCCUCGUUCGCUCCUCCGCCACCGCAGCAGCAGGAGAAGCCUGCGGCUCCAGCGCCUGCCAGGGAGAGGGAGGAAGAUGCAGCUGGGUGGAGCUUUCCGGACCUCUGCGCGGGUGACGUCGCCGGCGGCGGCCAAGACGGGGACGAGCUCCUCAAGGCCUUGUUAGCCGCCCAGCCUCCCCAGCCGUCGCAUCUGCCAACGCCGCCGCCACCCCAGCAACAGCAGCAGCCGGUGGUGACAACGGGGGACGUGGCCCCUCAGACGCGCGCCGCUCCAGCGUCUGCUCUAGCGAGGGAGCAGCCGAGCGGGCGGCAGCUGCCUAGCGGCGUGCCAAGAUCCAAGAGAAGGAAGAACCAAGUGAAGAAGGUGGUGUGCCACGUUCCGGCGGACGGCUCGUCGUCCGACGUGUGGGCAUGGCGCAAGUACGGCCAGAAGCCAAUCAAGGGUUCUCCCUACCCAAGGGGAUACUACCGGUGCAGCAGCUCCAAGGGGUGCGCGGCGCGGAAGCAGGUGGAGCGCAGCCGCACCGACCCCAACACCUUCAUCCUCACGUACACCAACGAACACAACCACGCGGCGCCCACCCACCGCAACUCACUCGCCGGCACCACCCGCCACAAGUUCCCCUCCUCGGCGUCGCCGCCGCCGCCGUCCGUGGUGGUAUGCCCCGGCGAGGCGCGGCACCAGCAGCCGAGCCCGACGUCCACGUCCGCGGGGCUCUCACCCACGACGCCGCUGCGCACGCCUUCCAUGGAGGAGGACGAGGAAGAGGAGGAGGAGGAGGAGCUGCUCGUGGAGGAUAUGGAGAUGGCCGGCGAGGAUGAGCUCCUGUUCCUCAACGGCGACGGCAACUCCGCGGCACCACUGGAGCCGAUGUCCUCUCUGUUUGACAUCGUCGACGAGCCCUUCCUGUGCUCCCCCUGGAUGGCGGCAUCUGCCACCGCCGGCGAGCCAGCCGCAGGGGCAGCCGGCGCCGGGAGUUGACUUGGAGACAAUGAUUUGCCGUCCACCAUUCUAAUCAACCAGUAGCAGCAUCAUAAUACUAGUAACAGUUUUAGCAUUGGUAGUCCAGUACAGAGCUUGAUCCAUCAUCAAUCCUCCAGUAGUUCUUCACCGCUCACAACAUCUUCUUUUUUCUGCUCUUUUUUUUUUGGUAUGGUUGGGACUUUGUAUCUCUUUUCCUUAGGUGUCUGGUUUUUGCAUUUGUAUAUAGAAAGUGGUAGACGAUGAACCAACAAAAGGGAGAGGAAAGAAAGGGAAAACAAGAAAAGAAAAGAUGAUGGUGUGUUUGGGUGGCUCUUCUUGUUUCUUCCUUUCUCUGCUCAACAACUUCGCUUCCUGCAUGUAAUGCUGUGUAAGCUUGAAGAGAAUCCUUUAGUGGCAAUUUUACCUUUUGUUUUUCUCAGGA